AUGGCGGGCAAAAAGAAGGCGCGCGGCCAUCGAGGCGGAGGCGGCCGCGCGGGGGCCGGGCGGCAUCGGCGGGACGAGGAGGAGGAGGACGAGGAGCUGCGCGCGCAGCAGCUCGACGAGCUCACCGCCAUGUACGCCCCGCCGCACCCCUGUCAACGGACCUCCGCCAUCUUCGCGGACGACUUUGAGCUGCGCGCGGAGCGGCCGCUGGUGGAGUAUGCGCUGCUGCUGCGCCCGCACUACUCCUUCGCCGCCCACGCCAACCUCGACGCCGUCUCCCUCCACCUCGUCGUCAGGUAUGUGGCAGGAUAUCCGAGGCGGGCGUUGAAGCUGCGAGUGGAGGCGCGGGAGGGGCUGGAGCAGGAGGACGUGGUGGAGCUGGUGGCGCUGCUGCACGACCAGGCAGCACGGGCAGCACGGGAGGGGCGAGUGACGGUAUUCAACCUUGCCGAGACGGCACAAGAGUUCCUCUCUCGCCGCCUCUCGUCACUGUCACCCGCCACACACCACCCUCUUGCUCCCACCCAGGCGGGCAGCGAUGGGGAGGAGGCAGAAGGCGAGGCGGCGGGCGGGGAGGAGGGGUGGGAGGAGGAGGGGUGGGCGUGGGAGGACAGUGUGGACGCGGGGCUCUUCUCCGACCCCCUCUCUGCCCUCCCCCUCGCCCCCGCUGCCUGGCCCCCUGGCCCAGGCACUGCAGGCGCAGGCAGGGGCAGGGGCAGAGGCAGGGGCGCAGGCAGGGGCAGAGGCGCGGGGGGCAGUCAGGAGGGCGGAGCUGGGAGGGGCGAGGUGGGGGGUGGAGGGCGAGGGAAAGGAAGAGGAGCGAGUGCAGGAGGAAGAGGGGGCCUCGGUGGCAGGCCAGGGGGAGAGGGGCGAGGCACAGAAGCUAGGGAGGGAAGGAGUGGAGGUACCGCUUUGGCUGGUGGUGGCGGUGGUGUGGGGAGGCCGGGUGGCGUGGGUGGUGCGGUGAAGAUGCAAAGGCAGCAGAGUGAAGAAGCAAGCGAGUCGUCACACGAGGGAGAGGAGGGGGAUGACGACGAGGAGGAGGAGCAGGAGAGUGGAGAGGAGGAGAGCCAAGGCAGCGGCGGCAGAGGGAGGCAGAGGGGCAGGGGGCUGUGGCAGCAUGGGGGCGACAGUGCAUCCGAUGGCUCUGCCUCCCACACCACCACCCCCUCCACUGCCCCCUCACCAUCCAGCAGCGCGUGGCCGCUGGGGUGUUCUGCCGUGACCCUGUCAGCGUCGGGGGGCGGGGAGGAGGACACUCAGGGGUCGGUGGGCGAACUAAUCCGGCGAGUGAGAGAGGGGCUCAGGAGCAUGCAGGUGCUGGCCGAGGUGGAGCAGCUGGUGGGGCAUCAGAGGAGCACGGCGAGGCACAGGGGAUCAGGGGGCGGGCGCACGCAGCAGGACGGUGGUGGUGAUGGAGGGGAUGAGGAGGAGGGGGAGGAGGACGAGCAGAGUGAGGAGGAGGAGGAGGAGGAUGAUGAGGAGGAGGAAGAGAGUGAAGGAAGGAGUUUUUCAACGGAUGGAGGGACGGCAGUGGGUGCAGAUGGGAGGGAUGCAGCGCAGGGAGCCACUGCAACUGCAGCUGCGGUGCUGGCCUCGGCAUCGGCCUCAGGAGCGCAGCGCCGUGGGUCGCGCGACAUGUACACGGGCAUGAUCCAGCGCGACCUGCUCCUCGCUCACCUACUGCGCAUGGUCACCAGCCACAACGGCCCUCUGCCCCACGCCCUGCCUGCCCUCGCCUCUCAGCUGCACGCUCUUGAGGUGAUACCGCAGUGGGUGGCGGAUCUGCUGCACCAUGAUCCGCGCCUCAUCGACCGUGCCUUCCACCGCGUCUUCAGCAAGCCUGCCCGCCGCCUCACUGCGCACGCCCAUGCAGACCCAUCCGUGCAACGGGCGCUGCAGCGGUUCUGGUCGGCCAGUGCGGAGGGCGAGGGCAGCGCUGCAGAUGCAGCAGCACAGGCGUCGGGGUCGCGCUACCUCUCAGACUUCGAGGAGGUCGCCAUGCUGGGCAAGGGCGGGUUUGGGUCGGUGGUGCUGUGUGUGAACAAGCUGGACGGGCGCAAGUAUGCCAUCAAGAGGAUUCCCCUCCGGGGCAAGAGCCCCGCCCUCAACUCCAAGAUCCUCAGGGAGGUGGCGACGCUGUCACGGCUGCAGCACCAGCACGUGGUGCGCUACUACCAGGCCUGGUUCGAGACCGGGGCCGGCCGCUCCACUCGCCACCUGCCCGCGCACACCGACACAGACAGCAUGGAGGGCAGCGCGAGCCCCACUGCGAGCACGUCGCUGGCGUCGGCAUCGGAGUGGCUCACUCGCGAUGCAGACCUCACCCACUCCCACAGCUUGCCGGGGGGGAGGGACGGCAGGAAUGGGGGUGAGGCGGAAACGACGUACCUGUACAUUCAGAUGGAGUACUGCCCCAGGACGCUGCGGCAGGUGUUGGAGGCGAGGGGGGGGGACGAGGUGGAUGGCGCGUGGGCGUGGAGGGUGGUGCGGCAGGUGGUGGAGGGGCUGCUGCACGUGCACGGGCAGGGCAUCAUCCACCGCGACCUCACUCCCAACAACCUCUUUGUUGACCCGCGUGGGGACAUCAAGAUCGGCGACUUCGGCCUCGCCAAGUUCUCGGAGCUGGGGGAGGGGGUCGAUGCUGCAGACGCUGGAGAAGAGGCAGAAAGGGAAUUGAGUCCCGAAGGGGGUGCAGAAAGGGGGGGGAGGGAAGGGGGCCCCAUGGGGGAGAGGCGGCAGUCGGCGACGGGGCAGGUGGGGACGUACUUCUACACGGCACCCGAGGUGGAGCAGGGGUGGGCGCACGUGGACGACAAGGCAACUGGGUGGGGUGGGCAGGUGGACAUGUGGAGUGUGGGCGUGGUGCUGCUGGAGUGUUGGCACCCCUUCCACACGGCCAUGGAGCGCGCUCACACGCUCUCAGCCCUCAAGCUGCACCGCACCAUUCCACAUGAGUGGGCGCUCAAGCACCCCCAGGUGGCAGAGCUGGUGAGGCGGCUGCUGAGUCCGCUACCCAGUGACCGCCCGUCAGCAGCAGAGGUGUUGCGAUGCGACCUCAUGCCGCCGCGCAUGGAGGAUGAGGCGCUCAACGGCAUACUGAGGGCCAUCCAGGCGCCGGGGGACGACUCCUCCUCCUCCUCUACUUCCUCGUCGGCGGUGUACGACCGCGUGCUCGCCGCCAUCUUCGCCCGCCUCCCCGCCACGCCUCCCUCCUCCGCGCCCACCCCGCCACCUGUGCGCACGCUGCAUGGGGGGGCCGGGGAGGAGGAGGAGUGGGAGCGGGGGGCGGUGCAGUGGACGGGGGCGAGGGAGGCGUUCAUGGCGGGCGUGCAGUGCAUCUUCCACCGCCAUGGCGCCCUGCGCUCCGACACACGUGUCGUUGACUUUGCCUAUCCCGACCGCCGCACCCAUGAGCUGGCGGUGCGGGUGGUGGACGCACAGGGCUCGCUGCUCUCACUGCGCUACGACACUCGACUCACCUUCGCCCGCUGGGUCGCCGCCACACAGACCUCGUCUCUGAAGCGCUUCCAGUUCUCCUCUGUGUUUCGCCGCGCUCCCGGUCGCCGCCCCCCUCAUGAUUAUCUGCAGGCAGACUUUGACAUUGUGGGAGGGACGCCGGUUCUGGCGGAUGCUGAAGCCAUCAAGGCGGUGGUGGAUCGCCUGCAGGCGGUGGAGAAGCGCUUCAGUGGGCCAGCAGACGAUGCCAUGGCGCGCCUCGCAGGGGCGCUGCCACCAGGCCCACUGGUGGCGGCGGCACUGGGCGAGCUGGGAGAGCUGCUGGCGCUGCUGCGAGUGUGGGGCAUCCACCCCGCGUGCACCACCAUCGACGCCCUCAUGGCGCCCUCCCACCACUACUUCUCCAAAUGCUUCUUCCAGGUCCACGCAAGGCACCUGCCGUCUCAACCUCCCCAUCACCAGCACCAGCAGCAGCACCCCCUAAACCCUAUCAGCACCCAGCGCACCACCCUGCCCUCUGAUGCUUCCUUGCCUGGCGCUCGCUCGCUCUCCGCCUCGCCCCCAUCCGCCCUGGCCGCCCCGUGGUCGUCCUCGCCGCCCCUCUGCGUGGCUGUGGGCGGCCGCUACGAUGCCCUGCUGCUCCACCUCUUCUCCUCUGCUGCCGCUGGGAGAGGAGCGAGCUCUCGGGCAAGAGGGGCAGGAGGCAGUGGGGGGGGCAGUGGGGGGGGGAGUGGGGCGGUGGGGUUCAGUGUGGCGCUGCACAAGCUCAUGGCGCCGUCACACCCAACCACCCACCACACUUCCAGGCAGGCAGCGGUGGAUGUGCUCGUGUGCGCCAGGGGAGGGGCGGGGCUGCUCAGCGAGCGGAUGGAAGUUUCUGCGCGGCUGUGGGCGGCAGGAAUCAAGGCGGAGUAUGUGAGUGUGCGGGCACCCAGCCUGACGGAGCAGUAUGAGCACGCACACGAGCACGGCAUCAAGUGGCUCGUGCUUCUCACCGAUGCCGGCCUGCACACCCACUCUGCCAAGGUACGGCAUCUAGAUUUGAAGACGGAGGAGGAAGUGAGCCUUGAUGAUUUGGUCAAGUUCUUCCUCGACGCCCUGCCGUCUCUACCCACUUCUCGCCGCCGCGGGGCCACAGCACCAUCUGGUUCUGGCGCUGCUUGA